CACACACACACACAUCCCCACACGCACACGGCAGCAGCACCAACAGCCCCUGCCAGCAGCCUGCAAUCGCUGGAGCUCCCGGCUCCUCCGCCUCUCCCUCCUCCUCCUUCUCCUCCUCCUCCUUCUCCUCCUCCUCGCUGUCCACCGGCCUGCGGCACCCCUCGGCGGCCUCCGGCCCCACCAGCGCACAGACAAUGACUUCAUGCGGAUUAUGCAUCUGAAGAAAUCACCAGCUCCCAGAUAGCCACAGGGGGAGGCAUCUAUCCAUCCAUCCAUCCAUCCCUCCAUCCAUCGCUCCAUGUGGUUGGCAGGGCAGCAGCCUCCCGCUCGCCUCCCGCUCCUCUCCUCGCACCCAUCGGCCGCCUUCUCUCCGGCAAUGGUCGCCUCCGGUCCCCCUGCGCGGCGCUGAGCGAGGCCCCGACGCAUCCCCGCUCCCACGCUUGCACCAAAGAGUGGCCCCCCCGGGCUGCCGGCACGGACCAUGAUGGACCUGAAGGUGGACGAGGAGGAGGUGGACAGCGGGCAGCCGGUGAGCAUCCAGGCCUUCGCCAGCAGCUCCACCCUGCACGGGAUCUCGCACAUCUUCUCCUACGAGCGGCUGUCGCUGAAGCGCGUGGUCUGGGCGCUCUGCUUCAUGGGUUCGCUGGCGCUGCUCGCCCUGGUCUGCACCAACCGCAUCCAGUACUACUUCCUCUACCCGCACGUCACCAAGCUGGACGAGGUGGCCGCCACCAGGCUCACCUUCCCCGCCGUCACCUUCUGCAACCUCAACGAGUUCCGCUUCAGCCGCGUGACCAAGAACGACCUGUACCACGCCGGGGAACUCCUCGCCCUGCUCAAUAACAGAUACGAGAUCCCGGACACGCAGACGGCUGACGAGAAGCAGCUGGAAAUCCUGCAGGACAAGGCGAACUUCCGAAACUUCAAGCCCAAACCUUUCAAUAUGUUGGAGUUUUACGACCGUGCUGGCCACGACAUCCGGGAGAUGCUGCUCUCCUGCUUCUUCCGCGGGGAGCAGUGCAGCCCCGAAGACUUCAAAGUGGUGUUCACACGCUAUGGGAAGUGCUACACCUUCAAUGCGGGGCAGGACGGCAAACCCCGGCUCAUCACCAUGAAGGGGGGCACUGGCAAUGGCCUGGAGAUCAUGCUGGACAUCCAGCAGGACGAGUAUCUCCCAGUGUGGGGGGAAACAGAUGAGACCUCUUUUGAAGCUGGGAUCAAGGUGCAGAUCCACAGCCAGGACGAGCCUCCACUUAUCGACCAGCUGGGCUUUGGUGUGGCACCCGGCUUCCAGACCUUCGUGUCCUGCCAGGAGCAGCGGCUCAUCUACCUGCCACCUCCCUGGGGCGACUGUAAGGCCACAACGGGCGACUCAGAGUUCUACGACACCUACAGCAUCACCGCCUGCCGCAUCGACUGCGAGACCCGCUACCUGGUGGAGAACUGCAACUGCCGCAUGGUGCACAUGCCAGGUGAUGCCCCUUACUGCACCCCAGAGCAGUACAAGGAGUGCGCAGAUCCAGCCUUAGAUUUUCUGGUGGAGAAGGACAACGAGUACUGUGUCUGUGAGAUGCCCUGCAAUGUCACCCGCUAUGGCAAAGAGCUCUCCAUGGUGAAAAUCCCCAGCAAAGCCUCUGCCAAGUACCUGGCCAAGAAGUACAACAAGUCGGAGCAGUACAUCGGGGAGAACAUCUUGGUGCUGGACAUCUUUUUUGAAGCCCUGAACUAUGAGACAAUUGAGCAGAAGAAGGCAUACGAGGUGGCUGGAUUGCUGGGUGAGCACUCUGGGCUGAUGGCUGUGCCGAGGGCUGUGGUUGGCAUCCUUCAAUGGGGCCCCAUAUGCUGUGACCCCAAUUCUGGGGCACCAGGGUGUGCAUACAGCAUGGGUGCAGAGCAGAGCACCCGCCAGGGUCAAAGCAGUGACAAGUUCUGCCCUUUCUCUGCUCCAUCUGCCAGCAGUGCCCUGCUGAUGGCUUUCCUCUCCUCCCCAGGUGACAUCGGAGGACAGAUGGGGCUGUUUAUUGGGGCCAGCAUCCUCACUGUGCUGGAGCUGUUUGACUACGCCUACGAGGUGAUCAAGCACCGGCUGUGCCGGCGGGGCAAGUGCCGCAAGAACCACAAGAGGAAUAACACGGACAAGGGCGUCGCGCUGAGCAUGGAUGACGUGAAACGCCAUAACCCCUGUGAGAGCCUACGGGGUCACCCGGCCGGCAUGACGUACGCAGCGAACAUCCUACCUCACCACCCAGCCCGGGGCACCUUUGAGGACUUCACCUGCUAACCGACGUAUGGAUGUACAACAACCCGAGCUACCAAAGCCCUCCGGAGAGCUGCCCUUCUCCCAGCGGAGAGACACAGCCAGGGGACCUCGCUCGAAGCCACGGCGGGACGCGGACAAGAGCGGCGGCCUCAGAUUUUGGGGCAGGCGGCCGGGUCGGGCCGUGCUGGCUCAGAGACUCGAGGAGGCCGCGGCCCAGCCGCGGAGCCACGCACAGCGGGCCGGGGCGCGGGCCUGCCCCGUCUCCUCCCCCUCGGCUCCCCUCGGCCUUUUUAACUAGAAACCCAGAAGCCAAGAAGAAGCAGCCAUCGGGCCGCAGAGUCUCCAUCCACAGCCCUGUUCGUCUGUCCGUCCGUCCGUUGUCUCCAUGCUCAUUCCGCUCCCCAGGCCUCAGCCUGCACCUGUCCCCAUGCCCAGCAGGAGGGAUCAUCUCAGAGCCCCAUGGCCCCAGCAGAGUCCCCUGGGCCCACUCGCACCAUGGCAGCUCUGCCUGGGCACCCACAGCCGCUCCAUGUGCACAAAACGGAGCAGCUCCACCUCUCCGAAAUGUCUUCCUCGGCCUCUGCCCCGGGGAUGGCAAUGUUGGGCCGCUGGGCG